UUUUUAAAAAAGUAAAUUAGCACGAAGAAUGUCGUGUUCACUAGUUCGCUUGAAUACCGUUAUUCUUUUAUUGGUGCUUUUCAAUACCGGUGUGGAGGCAGGACUAAUAAAUAUAUUUGCUGGGGUUGUUAAUAUGGUAGCUAAAGUGUUGACUAAUUUUGCCCCAUCAUCGGAAACCGUUUCGUACGCCACGAAUAUGGUAAUCGGCUAUCCAUUAACGGCUGUCGCCAGUGUUGUGGAUAAAAUCUGUACCAUAGGGCUUGGAAUUAAAGGGCAUAUGCUGUGGGGCGAAGUGGACUUGACGCAUAUCAAAUUUCAACUGCGCACAGCCUGUUCAAAGUACACUUACUCUUUAAGGGAUGCGAGGAAACUUCUGAAUAAUUCCGAUUUCCAUCCGAGUAGAAAGGUGGUCAUUGUGGUCAGCGGUUGGACGCAAACAGUGAAUAAUUCGGAUACUAUCGAUAAAAUGGCCAAAGUGUUUAACUGUCGUGGUGAUGUUAAUUUUCUGGCGCUUGAUAUGGACCAAUAUUUGGCCACCUUUUACAUUUGGGCUGUACAGAAUACAGACAGUAUUGCUUUAGGUUUAGCACAGGGCCUUACAAUGUUGAAAGAAGUGAUACCAAUUGAGAAUGUACAACUAAUCGGUCAUAGUCUGGGUGCGCAUAUUGUUGGCCGCGCCGGUCGAUAUUUCACAGAGAAGACGGGCGAAAAGUUGCCAUACAUCACCGGUUUGGAUCCGGCGAAGACAUGUCUUGCCGCAGAACAAAGAAUUGGUAGAGGCGAUGCACAUAAGGUCGAAAUAAUUCAUUCAAAUCCCGGUGUGUUGGGCAUCGCCGAGCCAUUAGGUCACAUUGAUUUAUAUGCAUCAUUCCUUCGUCCAUUCGCCAAUGGCUGUAUGGGUGUCAUUUGUUCGCAUAUGCGUGCCGUGGACUAUUACGUGGAGUUUCUAUAUCCGGGCAAUGAAAGAGGUUUUAUUGCCAAGAGAUGCGCUUCGUGGCAGCAUUUGCGUGCGGAGCAAUGCACUGGUCAAAAUUAUGCAAUAGGCUCUAAAGAUUACCACAUUCGUGGUGGUAGUAUAUUCGCAAUGGAUUUGAAUCCAAGGCCGCCAUAUGGUAGGGGCAGUAUAUCGCAAUGCGGUGCUCGGUGUUGCAAUUGUGGCUUAUGUCAGAGGUAGAGUCACAAAAAACAAAUAGUAC